AAUUAAUGCCAGCGAACAUGGCGGAAUCUACAGCGAAACGGCCGAAUCCCUCCAAAUCUAACAACAAUAAAUCGCGAAAACGGCAACGAGUCGAGAAGUCCUCUCAGACCGGUCGAAGCAAUGCCUCGAAAGAACCCGCGAAACGACAGAAGGUUAGGCUCAAUGAGCUAGCUUGGAAAGAUGUGGACAUGCCUGAUCGAUUGGAUGAUUUUGAAGGCUUCUAUGGGCUAGAAGAGAUUGACGAUGUGGAUGUAGUGAGGGACGAAACUACCGGUGUCAUAUCCUUCGAGUCAUCCGAAUCGAAGCUUGCGAAGGACGUUCCUGAACCUACAGGCGAUGCGGAAGAAGUUGGCCAAGAUGAAGACGAUGGCGAUGAUGACGAAGCUGGAUCGUGGGGAGGUUUCAGCGACGCUGAAGAAAACGGACAUGAUACAGAUAAUGCUGGCGAGGUAGUGGACAACGAGCUCUCGGAGGCAAUAGACUCCGUUCCACAGGCAAAGGCAAAGGAGGGCAAGAAAGACGCUGAUGGUGCGAAGGGCAAGACUAAAAAGAACAAGAAGGAGCAGAAAAAGCUACAGGAGGCUGAAUUGGCAACGAAUGGACCCAGCGCAUUCGAGAUCCUUGCAGAACAAGCGGACGACGAUGAGGAAGACGAGGGAGUGGAUGUCUCUGCAUGGGAAGAGCUUGAUCUAUCCACAGAGACUCUUGGUGCGCUCUCAAAGCUGAAAUUCACUCGACCUACUGCGAUUCAGUCAUCUGCUAUCCCCGAGAUAUUAGCAGGUCACGAUGUCAUCGGCAAAGCGUCGACAGGUUCAGGUAAAACGCUUGCUUUUGGUAUUCCAAUUCUUGAAUCGUACCUUGCGUCGCGCGACGAGGUUAAGAAGAAUAAGGCCCCGUUGGCGAUGAUUAUAUCUCCCACUCGAGAGUUGGCGCAUCAGAUUUCGGCCCAUUUAACCGCUCUCUGCACCGGCAAGACUUUCGAUGCGCCGUAUAUCGCAACUAUUACUGGUGGACUUUCCGUACAGAAACAGCGCCGACAACUCGAGACUGCCGACAUCAUUGUGGGGACGCCCGGCCGGUUGUGGGAAGUCAUUAGCAGCGGUCACGGUGUUCUGGACUCAUUCAAAAAGAUCAAAUUCCUUGUCGUCGAUGAAGCUGACCGUCUUCUGAGUCAAGGCCACUACAAAGAGCUAGGAGAGAUAAUCAACGUCCUCGAAAAGGACGAUGACUUCGAUCCAGAAGACGAAGUGGACGAUAGUAAGCCCGUCAUCGAGGUCAACCGCCAGACACUCGUCUUCUCCGCCACCUUCCAUAAAGGCCUGCAACAGAAGCUCGCCGGCAAAGGGCCUAAAGGUGGAGAACUCAUGAACAAGCAAGAAUCGAUGGAGUACCUCCUCAAAAAGCUCCACUUCCGCGAAGAAAAACCAAAAUUCAUCGACGCAAACCCUACCGCGCAAAUGGCAUCGGGCCUCAAAGAAGGCCUUGUCGAAUGCGCUGGCACGGAGAAAGACCUCUUCCUCUACUCGGUCCUCAUGUUCCACCCCAAGAAACGUGCUCUGAUCUUCACAAACUCGAUCGCAGCCGUCCGUAGACUGACCCCAUUCCUCCAAAAUCUCGACCUCCCCGCCCUGGCCCUCCACUCUGGCAUGCUCCAAAAAGCGCGUCUCCGUUCCGUUGAACGAUUCAAAUCUCGCGCGGGCUCUAUCCUCGUCGCAACCGACGUCGCCGCCCGUGGCCUCGACAUUCCAGGAGUAGAACUCAUCGUCCACUACCAUCUUCCCCGCGCCGCCGAUACCUACGUCCACCGCUCCGGUCGAACCGCCCGUGCCGAAGCAUCAGGUUCCAGCAUCCUGAUCUGUGCUCCCGAAGAAGUCGCCGGUGUGCGCCGACUCGUCGCAAAAGUGCACGCCAAAACGCAGCCCUCGAAGUCGAAGAAGACCGCCUUCUUCAUCCGCACGCUCGACAUCGACCGACGCAUCGUGUCUCGCCUCAAACCGCGCGCCACCCUCGCGAAGAAACUCGCAGACGCAGUGAUCGCCAAGGAGAAGAAACACAGCGAGAACGAUUGGAUGCGCGCCGCUGCAGAAGAUCUCGGCGUGGAGUACGACAGCGAGACGUUUGAGGCAGAAGCGAAGGGCAAACGGGGUAGAGGUGCGGGACGCAAGAAGAAGGAGAAGGAGGCGCAGGGAAUGACGAAGGCUGAGAUGCAGGGUCUCAGGGCGGAAUUGAAGUCGCUGCUGGCGCAGAGGAUCAAUACGGGCGUUAGUGAGAGAUAUCUGACUAGCGGCGGGAUUGAUGUCGAGAAAUUGUUGCAAGGAAGCGGGAAUCUUGGAUUUUUGGGAGAUAUUGGUGGUUUGGGAAUGGAUGAUGAAGAGUGAGGUGUGACUGAAGUAGAGUACAAUUGCAAUAUACCACUCUCA